AUGUCAAGGAAGGAUUGGUCAAAGAAGCUCGAUCAUUCACUUUGGUCUUAUCGCACUGCAUUUAAAACUCCGAUUAGUAUGUCACCGUAUCGAUUGGUGUUUGGUAAGGCAUGCCAUUUACCGAUGGAACUGGUGCAUAGAGCUUAUUGGGCUGUGAAAAAGUUAAAUCUUAAUCUCUUUAUGGUGGGACAGAAUAGGCUUAUGGAAUUAAAUGAGCUUGAAGAAUUCAGAAAUGAAGCUUAUGAGAAUGCGAAGAUCUAUAAAGAGAAGUCUAAGUCCUUUCAUGAUAAGCGAAUAAUGAGGAAGGAUUUUCAACCAGGAGAUAAAGUUAUGCUAUUUAAUUCCAGACUUAAGUUUUUUCUGUGUAAAUUGAAGUCGAGAUGGUCAGGACCGUACACGGUAGUUGCGUCACUUCCUUAUGGAUUAGUGCAAGUUCAUAGUGAGAAGACGGGACAUUUUAAGGUGAAUGGACAUAGGUUGAAGCAUUAUUUGGAGGGUCCAGUGGAAAAAUGCAAGUCUGUAAUGAUUUUGGAACCACUUUGA